CAGCAUAUUUUCGUGAAUGGCGUCUCUCUGAUGCUUGGCUAGAAACUCGGUGCCUGUCGUUUUGCUAAAAAUAAGAAGGUAUUUUUGAUAGAAAACCACAUCAAAUAAGUAAAAAGAGACUGUUGAAUCAACCGUGCAGUGAUUGAGUAAGUGAUCCGGAAUGGAAAGUCGUCGCGCAACAAGAGGCGGAGGACCUGUUACGUCCUCCGCAUCGUCGGGCGCCGUCGUCCCUGGUCCAGCGGAGACGGCUAAAAGAGGACGAAAAUCGACAGCUCGCAAUAGAACUCCGUCACCACCGCUGACUAGAAAACCAUCCCCCGGCCGUAGAGCUUCUCCUGGUCGACAGAAAAAAUCGCCCGCUAGGAAGCCAUCUCCAGCGCGAAAAGUAUCACCGAAACGGAAAGCUUCUCCAGCCCGAAAAGCAUCACCUGCACGCAAAGCUUCACCGGCUAGAAAAUCCUCCCCCGGACGAAAACCCAAUCGAGUGGUUACUGCUGUUAAGGAGGCACCAACUAAGCUUUCUCCCGAUUCAAAAAAUGAACCUCGAAGAUCCACCAGAAUACGGAUUUCUGAACAACGAGACAAGAGUCCGGUUAUUCGAAAAUCCCUUCGCGAUAAAAACCUUUCCGCUAUAUUGGAUGAGGCAGAAGAACUGUCGAAGAAAGGUUCACCAGCUAAAAGUUUAACCCCUAAUACAAGCCAACGGUCGAUUGUGACGACGACGGAACGAAGCAGACCUUCCGCAUCUCGCUCCGUCAGUGUCGCCAAUGAAUCACAAGAAUUCUCUGAUCACGAAGACAUCGAGUUCCAAAGCUUUCACAAGGACGACAACGGAGUCUCAAGGAACAAAAAUUACGCUAGAAGAAGUGCUACUAAACAACUGCAAGAUCUUCGUGAGUACGGAGGAAAUUGGGGUGCUGCUGCCGUGCUACUUCUGGUGCCCGCUUUUAUUUUCGUCACGAACCAUUUCUGUUCGGGAGCAGCUCACCGAGAUUGUCGUUUCAAGAUUCCGGAGAAUCUAGACGAAUUUAAAACAUUGACAACUUUCUUCAACCGCGAGAUCGGCGUAAUUUUCCUGUUGUUCACAUGGGGAAUCGCUUUACUUACUGCGCUUCCCGUCGGAAAAGCGGUGAAGAUUGUGGAUGAAAUUCGCGGUCAACAAAGUUACACAUUCACUGGACUAUCCUGUGCUGUUUUCACUGGUUUGGUAAUUUUCGUCGCUGAGUACUGCUACAAGUACCCAUUGAUCUCAACUAUCAGCAAGGGCUACAAUCAACUAUUGGUCAUCAGUUUGGCGUACGCGCUCAUAACAGCUGGUCUGGCCUUCUUCAAGUCUCGCUACGUUCCGCAGAAUAACUGGAAUCCCUAUGCGAAGACAGAUCGUCCUCUUGCUGAUUACUUCAUUGGACGGGAAAUUAAUCCUCUUGCAUUCAACACCGUCAACCUUAAACUUGUUCAUUAUCAUAUAUCUGUCGUGCUUGCACUUGUCUUCAAUGCCAUCAUUUUGUACCGCAAUCUUCAUUUCCCGUUGUUGCCAGACACAGAACCAGAACUAUCCUUGUUGGAUAAAGCGAUCUACAGCGUAAAAAACCUCGAACUGGAAGCGACACCAGUUCUUGCAUCAUCGCUUACCAUUCUCUAUCUGCUGGACAUGCUUACCUACGAACAUCAUCUAACGUUUUCCUUCGAUCUGCAGAGCGAAGGUUUUGGUGCACUGCUGCUUAUGCGUUAUGCCAUUUUCCCCUUUACUCUAACUCUGCUACCUAAGUACGUUUCCGCCCACAAGCUCACCGAGGUUCCCCUAUGGGCCUUCGGAGUCGUAACUCUGUUGGCACUUGCUGGGUUAGUUAUCAAGAGAUCCAGCAACCGGCUCAAACAUCAGUACCGAUUGAACCCGCUUGGAGAGAAGUUUAUCGAUCUUGAAACUCUGCCCACCUUCCAGGGUCGCCGCUUGCUGGUGGCAAAAUGGUGGUCCCGGGUCCGUCAGCCCAACUACGUUGGAGAUAUUCUUCAGAAUGUUGCCCUGUUGCCUCUGCUGUACUGGCGCUUUGCCUGGCCUCCGCUUUUGGCUGUUCUGUUCACCGUAGCUCUGCUGGUCCAGCGCGCCCAACGGGUUAACGAUCGUAACACUAAAAAGUACAAUUCCGCCUGGCAACGCUACUGCUCCAAGGUGCCGUACAUUCUGGUGCCCAAAGUAUUUUAAGAGAAGAACCGGUUCGAUAUUAAUCGAGGCGCGAUACAAACAAUUGAGCGAGUUUGUAAAAAGUGUUCUUUUUUUAUUUCAUACAGUUUUCUGUUUGCUAUUAGACUCAUAAGUGACAUUAUGUAUGUUAGAUAGCACCAGCUUAGGUUAUACUGAUGCUAACCGGCACCCAUACACAGUUUAUACACAUAAGAGAGAGUGUGACUUUAAUAAUUCGAAUAGUGUACCAAUAGAUGAGGCAGAAGUAGGAUUAAGAUAGUAAAAUCAAACUCUUCAUCUGUUUCACGGAGAAACAUUUUGUCGAAACAAAGUUUUAUUUUGAAGCAUUUGGCGUAAAGUCUAGUUAUGUAGAAUCAAUGCUAGGUUUUCGUUAGCAAAUUUUUUUUUCGAUAGUUUAUAGCAUGACAUAUUAGGAUGACAAUUUUCCUAAUAAAAAAUAAUUGUAAAUUUUUUGAAUUUUGCAUGCAUUGUGAGGGCAAUUUUACAAUACGACUGUACAAAUUGGACUUAAGAAAAGGUAAACUCAACUCUCGUUUAAAUAAGAAAAAUUUAGAAGCUACAAGAAAUUUUACAAAAGACGACAUUUCUAACGGUUUUUUAAAUAUAAGUUUUAAUGAGUUUUCACUGUACUAGUUUUAUUUUGCAAUAAGUCUUCUCGAAGAGACAGGAUCAAUACACGUGGCAUGCGAUCGAACUCACACUAACACUAACAAGUCACUAGGGCUCUUUCAUUCACAUUAGAAGCAGUGAGUAGCAGUAAGCCAUUAGACGAGACGAGAUUCUCCGAUUACGCUUGUGUUUUGAACCGUUUUUACUGUAUAGAAUUUCCGUCAACAAAAUCUCCAAACUUUUGCGAAUUAUUUUACGAAGUACUUCUUAAAUUAGACUAAAAAACUGGUGUCCUAUAAUUUCCCAUGCUACAAAACCAUGCAAUAGAAAAUGUAAUAAGAUCACCCUUUAUAAGAAUAAAGAUUUACAAACACAA